AUGGGAAUCGGUGCGAAUCGACUGAAACCAGUGCCAACUACAUUAAAAGGGUUCACUAGAGAUGUGGUACAACCAAUGGGGUCCAUUACAUUGCCAGUAUCUGUAAGCACAGACCCUCAUAUCGCCACAUCAAUGACUCAGUUUUUACUGGUGAGAACUUGGUCAGCAUACAAUGUAAUCAUUGGACGACCCACAUUAAAUGCUUUGAAGGCUAUUACAUCUACCUAUCAUCUAAAAAUGAAGUUCUUGACAAGAGCUGGAAUAGGCGAGGUACGUGGGGAACAAGUCUUAGCCAGAGAAUGUUAUGUGCAGGAGCUCAGAUCAGGGCAAGGAGAAGUCAGGAGGAGGCAAUCUUCCCACCAGGGCCCCAAAUAA